AUGCGAGGCUUCUAUAUCCAGUACUUGGAAAGUCUUUGCCGCCGUCGUGGAUGGGGAGACCCCAUGUACGAAUGCUACCGUAGCUCGAGCGGCUACACCUGCCACGUCCUUGUGAACGGCAGGGAGUAUCAGACGGAUCUUGCGUACGAGUCGGAUAUCCUCGCCCAGGAAAAUGCCGCCAUGCGUGCCUUUAUGGUCUGCCGGAACUUUUCUGUCAACGGCGGAAUGAUUGUUCGAAACGGCAUCGUGCAGGGACUGCCUGCCAACGAAUCGAGCCGCCGCCACCGGAAGGGAAGCCAUCACAACUCCUCCAGCCGAACUCCUAACCCCAACGGCGGUCACGGCCGGCGUUCCGGACACCAUUCCAGUAGCAGUUCGACCGCGUCCUUUGAGUAG